AUGGCUGCGAAAUCGGCCAAAGCCAGUCUCAGCCACGAGGAACGCACGGUAGAGGAGCCACGCAAUGAGGGCCUCCAUCCAGUCAUAUUGAACAAAAUCACACGAGUGAACGAUAGAAUCCAAUUGUAUAAACUUCUUAGCAAGAAUCGGACCAAUAUAGAGUUUCUAGCAGGCCAAUGGGUUGAUUUGCAUGUCCCCGGCGUUGAGAAAGCCGGUGGCUUCACAAUCGCAUCGAGUCCACGAGAUGGAAUAGCCGAUUCCCAUGGCAGCAGGGAGCCGUUCGUGGAAUUGGCAGUUCAGAAGAGUCCAGAAAACCCCGCAGCGGCGUGGUUGUGGCAGCCAGAUGACCAGAUUCUGGGAACUGAACUCAAGAUUCGCAUCGGAGGGAGCUUUGUCUGGCCACCAAAGAACGUCGACAGGCGGUCUAUCAGCCGCGUCGUUUUGAUCGCAGGCGGAGUCGGCAUCAACCCAUUAAUAUCAAUGUUGCAAGACAUACAACAGGAAGACUCAGAUUUAUCACCACUAGAGGUGGAAUUCCUGUACUCGACGAAGUUGCCCACGAAUAGUGCUUCUGACAACGAGGUGCUGUUCCUUCAACGACUACUGGAUUGGGCUCGCUCGUGGAAUUUCGAGUCCGGUUCACGCUCAAAGGGGCGGCUGGAUCUUUUCUUCACUGGCACAUGGGAUGGAUCUUCUCUAACACCAGAAACAACAUUGACACAGAAAUUCCGUGGCCCUCGGCCACCGCAUACACAUGGAAAUUCAGGAGCAGACGUAGAGCCACGGGUUUCGGCACAAGUUGGUCGAAUCGAUGAAGCUGCGUUACGGAAGUCCUUGGGGGACGAGCGAGGGCGAAGUAGUUCUGUGUUUUAUGUGUGUGGACCACCGGAUAUGACAGAUGGGAUAGUCGAUUGGCUUCAACAGCAAGAUGGUAUCAGUCCAGCGCAGGUAAUGUGCGAGAAGUGGUGGUAG